CUAGGUCUUUAAUACGCAACUAGUCUCCUCGUUGUCGAAAGUCCAAACUAUUUGAUUAGAUUCAUGGUAUUUUUUUUCCAAUAAUUGUGGAAUAAACAUAUCUGCUCGUACAAUGCUUCAAUUAUGUGCGAUAUUAGGUUUCCAAAAAUAGCAAUUAUAUGAACGGCCCACUAUCAGCCCAGAUCUUGGACCAGUGUUCUAGUGCUUCCUUAGAUCUUGGCUCAAAAAAAUAAUAUAUGCUCAAUUUUAAGGAAGCACUAGAACACUGGUCCAAGAUCUGGGCUGAUAGUGGGCCGUUCAUAUAACACCCCUCUUUGCUUAAUCACUCUUUACCAUAAUUGAUUUUCUAAGCAUCAUUAAUGUUUGAUUUCGUACAAGACAAACCACUAAAGAUUCCCGAGUUAGCAUAAGCAGACGCCACACGACACCAUUCUUCCUCUAGACAGAAAAGAAUAACACACUCGUACAGGCUUCGUCUUGCCUCGUCCUCAAAACAUGUACACGUAUGUAGGUAUAAAUGCAUAUGUUUACACCCUAAUCCAAAUAAAAGACUAAAUUUCACGUUAAAACAUGGCAUCUAAUCCGUAUCGUCCGAGAGUCAUUGUAAAUGGAACAAGAAGAACAAGAACGUUCCAUUACUUCUAUUGCCGUCAUUGUAGCCGUACCAUAAGGCUCCGAAACUAUGGUCUAUAUGGUUCUUUAUGUCCUUUCUGCUCUAGAGAGAUCAAUCUUCACGACGAGCUUGACAUUAUGAGGCUUAACCGAUCUUUUUGGGAUACCGAUACCGAUUGGAUCACUCUCCAUCUUAUCAACUCAUCAAGAAGUAACCGGUUUAACCAUGAACUAGUUAAUGAUACCGAUGAUGACUUCGUUGAUGCCAUGCCUAGCGAACGUGUUGGUCCACCACCGGCCUCUUUAUCCGCCAUCGAGGAUUUAAAGACCGUGACUAUCACGGAAGAAGAUUUGGCAAAGGAGAAGGUUUGUGCGAUAUGCAAAGAGGAGUUUGAAGUUGGAGAGGAAGGCAAAGAGUUGAAAUGUUUGCAUUUGUAUCAUACGAGCUGCAUUGUGUCUUGGUUGAAUAUUCAUAACACUUGUCCCAUUUGUCGCUUUGAGGUUCGCUUAGGCGUUUCGGGAAGUGACAUUGACGGAGGAGGGUCUCGCCAUGUCGACCAUGAUAGAUCAAAUCGGUCUGGGACUCGGGUUUGUUCUUUGUGGCCUCUCCGAAUGAUGUUUGAUUGGGUACAUAGUCUCUUUGUUAAGAUUCCUCCUCCAGAUCUAACUUUCAUGGCUAUACUAUUAUGCUUUCAUGUUUUUUAAUCAUACAUAUUAACUCCUACGAAUAAACUUAUAAGAAUAACGAACAACUGACAGAAAUUUAAAAGAAUUGCAUACAAGAUUAAUAUUGUAUUUAAGUAGGAAUUACAAACUAUUAUGAGAGAAAGGCGAAGAGAGGCGUUUACGGAACAUUUUGUAAAACAAAGCUUGGCUUGAACAUGUUUAUGUAAUAAUAAUGACCAUUAUCUUUGAUUCGUUUGCAAGUUGUAACUGGAAUAAAUAAAAAUCGUGUUGAUAAUUAA